AUUAUGAAAAUGACAUACAUUAUACUUUCGUUUUGUCUUUUAGGUUUUUUACAAUGUAUAAACACGAAAAGUUCUUUUGUUAAGGAGUUUCAGCAGGCAAAAAAUGCGUCUGGUGAACGAAUUCUAGUAGAGACAAAGAAGAACUCCAGGAUAUUUGAAUUUUUGAAUAAAGCCAAUGGUGCAACUUAUGGACUUACUAAAUUCUCACAUCUUUCUCAGGAGGAAUUCGAAAACCAAUACCUGAGUGAUUUAAGGCCACCAAAGGAAAGACAAAUUAAACACCUGAGGAAAAAGACACCAUUAUCUAGAAUCUAUUCAGCCCAGAUACCACGAAAAGUGGACUGGAGGAAUCAUAAAGGAGUAAAUUAUGUAUCUCCAAUCAAGAAUCAAAACAAAUGUGGAGGAUGUUGGGCUUUUAGUACAACAGAAACUAUUGAAUCUAUGUAUGCAAUUUCCCACAACGUGACCCCUCCUCGACUGAGUGUACAGGAAGUCAUCGACUGCUCGGUAGGGAAUGCUGGGUGUGCUGGUGGAGACACUUGUAUAGCUCUUUCAUGGUUAAAAAAAAGCCAGUCCCUGUUGGUUUAUGAGGAGGAGUACCCACUGACAGACACCUCAGACUACUGUCAGCUCCUGACUAACUCCACCAGAGGGGUUACUAUAAAUAACUUCACCUGCAACAGUUAUAAUGGAGUGGAACAAUCUAUGCUACAGUUGUUGGCCUUUGUAGGCCCCCUGGUGGUGGCUGUGGAUGCUACUACCUGGAACCAUUACCUAGGGGGGAUAAUUCAGUACCACUGUGAGACCAGGCUAAACCAUGCUGUACAGAUUGUAGGCUAUGACCUGACAGGUGAAGUUCCAUUUUACAUUGUGAGAAACUCUUGGGGAACAGAUUUUGGAAAUAAUGGAUAUCUAUAUAUCAAAGUGGGGGACAAUGUGUGUGGGAUAGCAUCAGAAGUUUCAACCGUUAGUGUCAACUGAACAAAAAAUCAAUAUGAAAGAUGCGAGUUUUAAAUCCAUAGGAAUGAAGAAGGCACAGAAAUUAGGGGGAAGAUGUGAUCCAAUAAUCCUACUAGAAUUUAAAAAAAAACAGCUUUUCAAUUAAAAAUCAUUGAAAACAUUUAACAUAUAUAUUGCUCAUUUAAGUCCAGCUCCGUAUUUAUAUUAGAUAUUUUCGAAGUUAUGCAACUAACACUAUAUAACUGUACAGUGAUGUAAAAACAAAUUUGUUACUGUGAUCAUCAAGUUAUAAAUGUGUAUGAGAGAGAGAGAGAAAGAGAGAGAUGAAAUUUAUUUUUGUUACAUCUAAUAUGCUUGCAGCAAUUAAGAUAAUAAAUAAGACAUAU